CUUAUCAAUGUUAUUUCAUAUUUUCAAGUGAACAAAAUGAGUUUUCUUUUGGUGAGCUUAAUAAUAAUUCAGACUAUAACGAGUGCAGUGGUACAGGCGGCUCCACAAAUAUAUUAUCGCAAUUACAAAGAAAUGGGAUGCCCGGAAUUUAAUCAACAUGAGACUGUGCAUCUUCCACAUCCAUUUAGCUGCAAUAAAUAUUUAACAUGUCUCUCGAAAAGUGUGCUCGAACAACUGUGCCCUGCUAAUCUUCAUUGGAACAUCGAGAAAAAUAUGUGCGAUUAUCCUGACGAUGCAAAAUGUUUAGAUGAUAAUACUAUUUACUAUUUAAAUCGAUUUUCAAGACGUAGUCGUUUUAAAUAAAAUGUCAGACACAAUUUUUUAGUGACAAAUUGAAUCAGAAAUUAAAUUCGCAAUUCGCUCGCGUUUCG